CUAUACUAUCUUAUUUUAAACUUCAUUUUAAGGUCUUAUCAAGGACUCUAUUUAUUUUUUAAUUAUUAUAUUGCGUCUAUCUAAUAAGCAUGAUAGAUUUUUUUAUUCUAUCCUACAAUAGAAUAUCAAACAGUUUAAUUUGUUUUUUGUAUCUAUAUUACCAGAUUCCUGAAGGAAAUGGUUCUGGAGUAGUGUGGGAUGAGGAGGGCCACAUUGUGACAAAUUAUCAUGUAGUUGGCAAUGCCCUUUCAAAAAACCCAAAGGCUGGUGAGGUGGUUGCCCGAGUUAAUAUUCUAGCAUCAGAAGGGUUACAAAAGAAUUUUGAAGGUGUACUCAUUGGAGCUGACCGUUUAAAGGAUCUCGCUGUCUUGAAGGUAGAUGCCCCUAAAGAUAUUUUAAGGCCUAUCAAGGUGGGGCAAUCAUCUUCUCUAAAAGUUGGGCAGCAAUGUUUGGCAAUUGGAAAUCCAUUUGGUUUUGAUCACACCCUCACAGUUGGGGUUAUUAGUGGACUUAACCGAGAUAUCUUUAGUCAAACUGGGGUAACAAUUGGUGGUGGUGUUCAAACUGAUGCUGCAAUAAAUCCUGGGAACAGUGGAGGCCCCCUUCUCAAUUCGAAAGGAAGCUUAAUUGGGAUUAAUACUGCAAUAUUUACUCAGACAGGAACAUCAGCUGGUGUAGGAUUUGCGAUCCCAUCUUCAACUGUAUUGCGAAUUGUUCCUCAACUCAUUCAGUUUGGAAAAGUUGUUAGAGCUGGUAUAAAUGUGGAUAUUGCACCGGACUUAAUUGCAAACCAACUUAAUGUUCGAAAUGGAGCUCUUGUUCUUCUGGUACCUGCAAAUAGUCUUGCUGCCAAAGCUGGUUUAAAUCCCACCACAAGGGGAUUUGCUGGAAAUAUAGUCCUUGGAGAUAUCAUUGUUGCAGUUGACAAUAAGCCUGUGAAGAGCAAAGCAGAGUUGUUGAAAGCAUUGGAUGAGUAUAAUGUAGGAGAUAAAGUGGUGUUGAUGGUUCAGAGGGGCAGUGAAAAGUUGGAGCUGCCUGUGGUACUUGAGGAACAAAGUUCUUGAAAUGGUUUUGGUUUAUAUGUAUUGAUGUGUUGUUAUACACCCACAAAUGUAUUAUAUUUGCAGCCAAAAGAAAGUAAUUCAUCUGUGCAAUCCAGGGUCUUAUAAUAGAAGUAUGGUAUAAAUAAUUGCACGAUUAUCAAAA